UUCCUGCCAAUCCAGCUUCUGCUGCUUCUGCUCGCCGUGCGAACUUGCGGGACAAGGUAUUUCGUGUGUCAAGUGGCAAUGUUCCCCGAUAGUUGAAGUAGUAAUAUUGUACUAUAAAAAUUUGAGAAAUGCAUUCGGAAUCCGUGAGUGUUUCUUGCAUAAUUGUGCUCACCUUAGCUUCGCUGACUCGGGCGAGGAUUCACAAGCUUGAGAUAAGGAACGACGUCAGACCCUACAUCGCUCUCAGCACAUUUGGAUUUUACGAAGGAGGCACUUUGCGCGUAAAUUUGACUAAUUUUAAGGUAGAACCGGGCGCCGAGGAUGCAGUGUUUGGAUUCAGCUUGGAACGAACUCUCAGCGAUGUUAGUAAUCCGUACACAGAGAAUCAACAAGAAAAAUGUCCAUUGCAAGAUGAAACAGUCCAGUUGAAUGAGGCCAUUUAUUUGAAAAUGGAUUUGAGGCAGUUAAUAAUGAACGUAACCUGCAAAAAAGAAUUGAAUUUAAUAUCCAUUCACCCGAGUGCAGAUAAGGUACAAGAUAGAUUGAAGAGGAAUGCAGAAGAUUUACAGGAUACAACCUCUUUUCGAAGAACAAACCGUGCGGUGUCAGAUUUGGGUAAGAGGUCUGAGCAAUCCCUCAAUCAACAAUCAAUGAAAAGCGGCUGUCCACGGUCAGAAAUACCAAUCCAUGUUACAAAGGCAACAAGCACUGGAUUGAGUAAAGUCAAGUAUUACAGUACAAGUUUUUACGUGAAUGUGAUGAAUCAAAGUAAUGAAGGCCUCUAUAACUUGUAUUUCCACAACUGCCGAAACUAUGAUGAUAAAACGAAUAUGCCUGUGGACUUUACGUUGCAAAUCAAAGAGGAUAAUCAUGGUAAUUUCUUGAGUGCUGGUGAGAUGCCACUACCUGCACUCUACUUCAUGAUGGCUCUUCUGUUCUUUUUGUCUGGAUGUUUCUGGGUCUUCAUUCUCAAGAGAAGCAAACACCCGGUGUUCAAAAUUCACUACCUGAUGGCAGUCCUGGUAUACCUGAAAUCUCUUUCUCUGCUUUUCCACGGCAUAAAUUUUCACUUCAUUCAAACAAAAGGAGAACAUGUUGCAGCUUGGGCUAUUCUUUACUAUAUUACGCAUUUACUGAAAGGAGCUGUUCUCUUCAUCACCAUCGUAUUAGUCGGUACUGGAUGGGAUUUUAUAAAACAUAUACUCUCGGACAAGGAUAAAAAAUUGUUCAUGAUUGUCAUACCACUCCAGGUUUUGGCGAAUGUUGCCGAAAUUAUAAUCGAGGAAAGUGAAGAAGGAGACAUUGAACAUCAGACAUGGCGCGACGUAUUUAUUCUCGUUGAUCUUCUCUGCUGUGGAGCAAUUUUGUUCCCAGUCGUAUGGAGCAUAAGACACCUUCAAGAGGCUGCCCACACUGAUGGCAAAGCAGCCAUAAAUUUGCGGAAGCUCAAAUUAUUCCGACAUUUUUAUAUUAUGAUCGUUUGCUACAUAUAUUUCACCAGAAUUAUCGUCUACUUAUUGAGGAUCACGGUUCCAUUCCAAUACGAAUGGCUUGAUGAGAUGUUUAGAGAAAUGGCAACAUAUGUAUUUUUUGUGCUCACUGGAUACAAGUUUCGUCCUGCUUCAGCAAAUCCAUAUUUCACCAUUGCCAAUGAGGAUUUGCUUGGUGACGAUAAUGAUGACGAAAUGGAUGUGGUUCUAUUCUCUAGCAUUUCUGGGAGAAGCGGUGCCACCGAGGGUCUCAAUAAGAUCAACAAAGUGACGACAUUAGCAAAGUCGACACCCUGCAAUGUUGUUGGGACUCAAGAAGAGAUGGACAAUCUGCUCAGCAAGAGAGAGUCUUCACACGAAUACGACUGAAGAAGCUGAAAGACAGAUGAAUUAUUUAGGAAUAUAUGUGUGAUAACAGGCCUAGAGUGCUUAUGUUUUUUAGGGUGGGCAGCAAUGAGAUUAUGCUGGGUCUUGAGUUAUACCUAUGAAAUUACAAAUCUAUUCUCAGUCGAUAGAUAUUUACACGUGGAAAAUUGCGUUCCAUUGCUUGCUCCAAUUUUGAGAUCAAGAAAUGCUUCUUAGACAAGACUUUCACUUAGCGAAUGUUUGCAAGAGAGAGCAGUAUAAAGUGUUUCCUGCAAGUGAUUUUUUCGUUACUAGAGUAGCAGUGAUAUUUUACUCGUGUAUGUAACAUAAUAUCAUCACUGAGGUACAAUUUGUUCUUUAAUAUACUGCAAUAAACAUUCAUGACAAAUUUAAAUCGCAUAAUUGUUGCAGAUAUCAAUGGAUUAUCUCAACUCAUCGCAUAUGAUAAAUUUUCGCACAGAUUAUUUAAUACUCAGUACAAAAGAUAUUGCGUCAUUUGAUCACAGAGCCAUGUAAUUCGAUUACACGUUUCAUAUCACAUUUCAACUGAUUGAAAAACUUUU